AUGGUUUCUGCAGAAUCAUCUCAGAUCAAAGAGGACAAGGACACUAAUGUAGAACCUCCUAACAGUCCUCGUCAUCGAGAGGUUCAUGCUAGAUGGGAUCCAGCUAAACCGCAGAGGCCAGUCAUUGGUGACGCUCCAGCUUUCUACCCUUCAUUAGAGGAGUUUGAAGAUACACUUGCUUACAUAGCAAAGAUACGUCCAUUUGCUGAAAUAUUUGGUAUUUGUCGUAUAAUACCACCGUCGAACUGGUCUCCUCCUUGUCGGCUUAAAGAGAAACGUAUAUGGAAGGAUACAAAGUUCCACACGCGGAUUCAGAGCAUUGAACUGCUUCAGAACAGAGCGCCCAUGACGAAAAAGAAACCUAAGGAAAAAAAACGGAAACGAAGAGGAACCGCAACGACGUUUUCUUCCAACAGACAACCACCUAGCUCUGUUUCUGCUUCAGUUUCAUCUCCUGAAACGAAUGAAGAAGAAAGUUUUGGUUUCAACUCUGGCUCAGACUUCACUCUUGAGGAGUUUGAGAAGUACGACGGGUACUUCAAGGACACCUACUUUGAAGAUACAAAAUGGUCUCCAACGGUUGAGGAAAUUGAAGGAGAAUACUGGCGGAUCGUUGAGCAACAAACAGAUGAAGUUGAGGUAUAUUAUGGAGCUGAUUUGGAGAACCGGGUUCUUGGAAGUGGGUUUGAAAGAGGAAAUUUAACCGGAAACAUUGAUGUAGACCGAUACAUAACUUCUGGUUGGAACUUGAACAACUUACCUCGUCUCUCUGGUUCUUUACUCUCCUUCGAGCGUGGUGAUAUCUCAGGUGUUCUCGUUCCAUGGCUCUAUGUUGGGAUGUGUUUUUCAAGUUUUUGCUGGCAUGUGGAGGACCAUCACUUAUAUUCAAUUAACUAUCAUCACUUUGGUGAGCCAAAAGUGUGGUAUGGAGUUCCUGGAAGCCAUGCAACGUCACUAGAGAAGACCAUGAGGAAAUAUUUACCAGAUCUUUUCGAAGAAACACCUGAUCUACUCCAUGUACUUGUUACUCAGUUUUCACCUUCCAUUUUAAAAGAUGAGGGAGUCCCGGUUUAUCGGGCGGUUCAGCAUCAAGGAGAGUACGUUAUAACAUUCCCUAGGGCAUAUCAUGCUGGUUUCAACUCCGGUUUCAACUGUGCAGAAGCUGUGAAUUUCGCUCCCGUUGAUUGGUUACCUCAUGGACAGAAUGCUGUAGAGUUAUACAGUGAAGAAAAUAAGAAAACAUCUGUCUCUCAUGACAAGCUUCUCCUUGGAGCAGCUCAUGAAGCUGUUAGGUCCCUCUCAGCUGGUGGGGAAGAGAGUACAAAGAGGUUAAGAUGGAGAAGUUUCUGUGGGAAGAAUGGAACUCUUACUAAAGCAGUCGAGACGCGGUUACGUAUGGAAGAAGGAAGGAUUAAUGCUCUUGGAAGUGGUUUCUGCUUGAUAAAGAUGGAGAAGGAUUUUGAUUCAAAAUGUGAAAGGGAAUGCAGUAAGUGCUCUUAUGACUUGCAUCUCACGGCAGCUGGCUGUAACAAAUGCUCUCCUGGAGAUUAUGCUUGCACUAAGCACGCUAGCGAGCUUUGUUCAUGUGGAGGGAAGGGUAGAUUCAUACUUCUUCGUUACACCAUUGAUGAGUUGAGCUCAUUGGUUAGAGCAUUAGAAGGUGAAGUAGAGGAUCUAAAAAAUUGGGCUUCUAAGGUUAUAGAAGACUAUUCAAAGACUCAGAAGAGAGAACCUCAUGGUUUUGAUCUGAAUGUUGAGUUUCAAGUGGAUGACGAGUUUAAUAAUACUUCAGAUACACGCACUGAUGGAUCCAUGAAGAGCUUUGUUGCCGAUGUGAAGCCUAUAAAUCUAGGGUUGGUUUCUGGAGCGAUUUUGAGUAACAUUCCAAAAGGGUUCAAAAGUAAGGUUAAGUUCUAUAACGUAAAAGAUCCAACGAAAAUGAGCUACUACAUCUCUGAGGUUGUAGAUCAUGGAGGAUUUAUGGGUCCACUCUUCAGGGUUAGUCUAGAAGAAUCUCAAGACGUGAGCUUCUCUGCUAGAUCAACUCAGGCAUGCUGGGACAUGGUGUUGCAUAGAGUUAACGAAGAGAUCAAGAAACGAAGCAGCCAUGAAGAUAAGCUUCAUACUUUGGAAAGCAUCAACGGGUUACAAAUGUUUGGUUUUCUCUCCCCGACUAUAAUUCAGGCCAUUGAAAAAGAUUGCUUCAAGUCAAACACUUCCCUGAGCUUAAACAGAGGAAAACAUUUUGGGAUCGAUUUGAACUCAUGA